AAUGACAACCUCACACUUUCAGUGGUUUUGUAUAAACCGGAGGACCCAAUUCUCAUCCAUGAGUAGGAUCAACAACAGAAACAGAAACAGAAACCGAAACCGAAACUAUAACACCAGAGAGAGGCAUCAUCCAGAAUGGCUGCUCAGGCUGUGGAGUCUGCAGCGGUGACGGCUCUGCGAUCGGUUCUUCACCGUGUCCGGCAUGCGGCGGAGAGAUCUGGUCGCCAUGCCGAUGAUGUGCGGGUGGUGGCAGUGAGCAAGACUAAACCUAUCUCUCUCAUCCGCCAAGUCUACGAUGCAGGACACCGUUGUUUUGGGGAAAACUAUGUCCAAGAAUUCAUCGAAAAGGCUCCUCAGCUUCCAAAGGAUAUCGACUGGCAUUUUAUUGGACAUUUACAGAGCAAUAAAGCAAAAUCCCUACUCGCUGCUGUUCCAAAUCUAUCGAUGGUGCAGGGUGUAGAUAACGAGAAGAUUGCAAAUCACCUUGAUCGUGCAGUUUCAAGCAUUGGAAGAAAACCUUUGGCAGUUAUGGUCCAAGUAAAUACGAGUGGAGAGGCAUCAAAAUCUGGGAUUGAACCUUCAAGCUGUGUAGAUCUUGUGAAGCAUGUUAAGCUUAGUUGCCCAAAUCUGGUGUUUUCUGGGUUAAUGACUAUUGGAAUGCCAGAUUAUACAUCGACUCCAGAGAAUUUCAAGACGCUAUCAAGGUGCCGAAGUGAGAUCUGCAAGGAACUUGGAAUGGUAGAAAAGCAGUGUGAGCUGUCAAUGGGCAUGUCUGGGGACUUUGAACUAGCGAUUGAAAUGGGAAGCACAAAUGUAAGGAUUGGAUCUACCAUUUUUGGACCAAGGGAGUACGCCAAGAAACAGUAGCAGAGCUGAAUUGGUUUGGUUUGGUUUGGUUAUACAUACAUACAUAUGUUGUAAGAUAAGUCACCAUAAACAUGUUACUAAAAUACUCAACCUUAUAUUAAUUAAUUCAAUUGAAAAUGAAAGUGAAAAUGAAAAAUCUGGGUAAAAAAAAUAUAACCAAACCAUAGUCAGAUUCAAACACUAGUACAGAAACCUACAACUUAAUUAUUUUGAAGAAAUUCUUCACAUCAAACUGCAGCAUGGGGGGUGACCAGAUGCAAGCUUUUGGAAGUGAGUUUGGGAAGAAGAAGAUUUAAUGGGAGUUAUUGGGUUUUGUAUAUGAUGUCCACAACACUCGGAAGCAUUCCCUGCACAUUCCAGAUGGUUGAAGGCGUAGUUCCUCCUCCUUCUAUAAUUAUAAUUAUAAUUGGGGGGAUACCCAUUAUUAUUAAUCGGGGGCAAGGGCAAGGGUGAUUCUGUCUUUUCAAACAAGUUGCUUGAACAUUCUCCAUAUUCCCAAUGUACUAUCUCUGCUGUUUUUCCUGCUUUCUCCAGACAUUUUAGAAGUAGGGUUGGAUUGAUGUAUCCCGAAAUAUUCACCUUUC